UCCGGCAAAUGACUAGAUAGCAGAAGGUGAGAGUGCUGGAUUUUUGCAAUAUUUGACUUUUUGUUUGUUUUUAAACGAAACGCCACUAGGAGACGUUUUUUUACGGAUAUUGACAAGGUUCCAGUUAAAUUAAAUCAAACAUUGACCUAAAAAGUGUCGGUUUGCUGACCAGCUCGCUAAUGUUAACAUACUAGCUAACCGGUUAGCCCACUCAGCUGACGCCUGAUACUCGGCGUCCGGAGACAGAAACCCAGAGGCUGGAAGGCUCAGUAUCGCACAAUUACACGGUAAAGCGUCACCAGCCGGGAUUAGGAACAUUUCUCUCGCGGCCAUAACGGAGAAGCUAAAUUUUUCAUGUAUGCACUGGGGCCGAUUUCGACAUUUUAAUGGGAGGCGGCUUGCUUUGGAGGAUUGGACAUUGCGGGCGCCAGUUGCGAAGAAAGCGGAGGUCCUGGCUACCUGUCGGGCUCAGAUGGAGUCUCUGGCCGGCUACGUGUACAAGGCAGCCAGCGAGGGCCGAGUCCUGACCCUGGCCGCGCUGCUGCUCAACCACUCCGAGGCGGAGACCCAGUACUUGCUGAGCUAUGUGACCCAGCUCGCCGGGCAGAGGUCCACUCCUCUGAUCAUCGCAGCCCGGAACGGGCACGACAAAGUGGUCCGGCUGCUCCUGGACCACUACAGGGUGGACACCGAACAGACUGGCACGGUUCGGUUUGACGGCUAUGUCAUCGACGGGGCUACGGCGCUGUGGUGUGCGGCGGGAGCAGGGCACUUUGAGGUGGUGCGCCUGCUGGUGAGCCACCACGCCAACGUAAACCACACCACCAUCACCAACUCCACCCCCCUGAGGGCUGCCUGUUUCGACGGCCGCCUGGACAUCGUCCGCUACCUGGUGGAGCACCACGCCGACAUUAGCAUCACCAAUAAGUACAACAACACCUGCCUGAUGAUCGCCGCCUAUAAAGGCCACACGGAUGUAGUGAAGUUCCUACUGGAACAGGGGGCGGACCCCAACGCCAAGGCCCACUGCGGCGCCACCGCCCUGCACUUUGCCGCUGAGGCGGGCCAUCUGGACAUCGUAAAGGAGCUGGUGCACUGUCAGGCAGCCAUGGUGGUGAAUGGACACGGCAUGACGCCGCUGAAGGUCGCCGCAGAGAGCUGCAAAGCAGAUGUGGUAGAGCUGCUGCUGGCGCACGCCGACUGUGACCCUUACAGCCGCAUCGAGGCCCUGGAGCUGCUGGGGGCAUCGUUCGCCAACGACCGGGAGAAUUACGACAUCCAGAGGACGUACCACUACCUGCACAUGGCCAUGAAGGAGCGCUACAGCGACCCGGAAAACAUCAUCACCAAGGAGCUGCUGCCGCCCAUCGAGGCCUACGGGGGCCGCUGUGAGUGCCGGACACCCCGAGACCUGGAGGCCAUCCGGGUGGACGGGGACGCCCUGCACAUGGAGGGGCUGAUGAUCCGGGAACGUAUCUUGGGCUCGGACAAUAUUGACGUGUCGCACCCCAUCAUCUAUCGCGGCGCCGUCUACGCGGAUAACAUGGAGUUCGAACAGUGCAUCAAACUGUGGCUUCACGCGCUUCGCCUGCGACAGAAAGGCAACCGGAACACACACAAGGACCUGCUGCGCUUCGCCCAGGUGUUCUCCCAGAUGGUCCACCUGAAGGAGAAGGUGUUGGCCUCGGCCGUCGAGCAGGUGUUGAGCUGCAGUGUGUUGGAGAUUCAGCGAAGCAUGGCUCGAGUGGACACGGCGGCAGAAUCUGAGCUGCCUCAGGCGAUGGACAAUUACGAGUCAAACGUUUUUACUUUUUUGUACCUCGCCUGCAUCUCCACCAAGACCCCCUGCAGCAGCGAAGAGCGCGCUUGCAUCAACAAGCACAUCUACAACCUGAUCCAGCUAGACCCGCGCUCACGUGAAGGCUCCUCUCUGCUCCACCUGGCGAUCAGCUCCAGCACGCCGGUCGACGACUUCCACACCAACGACGUCUGCAGCUUCCCCAGCGCCCAGGUCACCAAGCUGCUGCUGGACUGCGGCGCGCAGGUCAACGCCGUCGACCACGAAGGCAACACCCCGCUGCACGUCAUCGUCCAGUACAACCGACCCAUCAGCGACUUCCUGACGCUGCACGCCAUCAUCAUCAACCUGGUGGAGGCCGGCGCCCACACGGACAGGACCAAUAAGCAGAAUAAGACUCCACUGGACAAGAGCACCACCGGUGUGUCGGAGAUCCUGCUGAAGACGCAGAUGAAGAUGAGCCUCAAGUGCCUGGCAGCGCGUGCCGUCCGGCAGCACCAGAUCACGUACCGCAACCAGAUCCCCAAAACGCUGGAGGAGUUUGUGGAGUUCCACUGAAAUGGACCGUCGAGCUGAAGCGGCACGAAACUGGGACAGACUCUGUGUUCAUUUGAAGAAUUUCUUAGAAUUUUCUAACAUCCAAACGGUGCUGAGGGUUCAGUGCUAAACAUUUCUGAGCAUUUUUAUAAAAAAAGUGUUUUGCUUUUUUCUAUUUUAAGUGUUUAUUGCCAAAAGUACCAGCAGCCAUCCGUCUGUCGGACGCAGCUGUCAGAUUUCAGAGGAAACUCCGGCCAACUGCAGCAGGUUCGCGCUGUGAGAGCAGGAGGACGGCGGCGGCGGCGGCGGCGGCGGCGGCGACAUCACCGCGCUGCUUCUUGUUUUGCCUUAUCUCCACGCCGGGGAGCCAUCAUGGACACCGUGUUCCUUUGUGUUUUAGUUCAGUCCUGAUUGAAAGAAGUUUAUUUUAAAGGGUUUGCUGGUGACGAUUAUUAUUUUCUUCACUGAGACAACACUAUGUGGCCCAAAGUGUGCAGACCCCCCCUGUCCACCUGCGUCUGUGCGCUUUUUGUCUGGGUUUGAUUUUGGCCCCUGAGGUCUAACGGACAUCAUACACUCAUGUUUUACACUGUUUCCAGGUCUUAUUGAUUUGUGUCCCCUUCAGACAGAAAGCAGUAUCUACAUGUGACCCCCCCGUCACAGAUUUAAUACGUCUGUGAUCAAAGAUCUGCUAAUAAAAAAGUGACUUUCCCCUCUCAAACUCAUAAUUGGACUAAUCUUUAGAGGCCCAAAAUGAUGAAACUGUCUAAAAUUUAGCAAGAAUGGUGAGAGAAAGAUGAAUAUAAUUUCCAUAGAGAAGAAUUCCUCGACAGUUUAAUACAAUUCUCCGUGUCUCGGACUUGGCCACGUUGUGUACGUCCUCUAGUUGUUAAAAAUAUAAUGAAGUAUUCCCUGAAAGUGGUACCGUCAUCGUGAUUCUUCAGAGUUUUUAUUUUUAAAUCCCCAUUUUAAGUUUAGAAAAUGCGUUUUUAAUAAACAGUGAAGUGCUGGACGUCGA